AGACGUUUGGUGACCACGAAACCAUCCAACCGCAAGAAGCAGACAUGCGAUUACUCGACACAAGGACCGGAGAGUUCUUCUGGGUCGACGACCCUCGCACUGUUCGGUACGCUAUCCUGUCGCAUGUCUGGUCGACUACCCAGGGGGGGUUCGAGCAAACGUACGACGAUAUACGGCGCUUCUGCGAGACCGCGUUGAACGACGGAUUUGAGCUAGGCUGGGCAGACUCCUGUUGUAUCGACAAGAGUAGCUCCACCGAGCUCUCUGAAUCCAUCAGCUCGAUGCACAGCUGGUACCGUUACGCUGGCGUUUGCUACGCGUUCUUGCAGGAUGUCGACAAAUCCGCCGGAGAUCAUGAUUUGGAGCACUGGGAGCAAUUUCGUAGCAGCAAAUGGUUUACUCGUGGGUGGACGUUGCAGGAGCUCCUCGCCCCUAGUGUCGUCCUCUUCCUUUCCAACAGCUGGGACGUCAUCGGUUCGAAACACACCCUGGCUUCCAUCGUUUCUGAGGUCACUCGCAUCGACCGUGCGGUCCUCACUUUCGAGCGUCCGCUAGACAAAGUCUCCGUUGCGCGUCGCAUGUCCUGGGCCGCCGCAAGGAAGACCACGAGGGAGGAGGAUAGGGCCUACUCGCUGAUGGGCAUCUUCGGGGUCAACAUCACCGUCUCCUAUGGAGAGGGCCGCUAUUCAUUCAUUCGCCUGCAGGAGGAGAUUCUGAAACAUAUCCCUGACCAGACCAUCUUCGCUUGG